UACUUAAAUUACACAAAAACUGUUGUAGGGCUAGGCUAUGGGUCUGGUAGUGAGGAUGAGGCAGAUGAGAGCACUAGGGAAGAAGAUAAUGAUGAGGAAGUAGACUCUGAUGAUGAGCUUCAAGAGACAAUUCGACGCAGGUUGAUAGAAGAAGAAGAAAGGCAGCUGAAGAUGGAACAAGCAGAGGCAGCUAGGUUGGAAGAGGAAAGGCAACUGAAGUUAGCCAAAGGAGAUAGUACAGAGCAUGGAAAUGUUCCUCCACCAGAAGUUCUGGCUCCUGCACUGCGUCCAUUUGAAAACAGAUACAGUAACAUCCCAGGUCUUGAUGUCAAGGAUGAGGAGAAAACCACUGAAGAGCAGAAAGACAGGAGUAAAUCCUAUAAUAGGCAUUUUUCUAGGGAAAAAGUUGAUGGCUCUCAAAUAAAAAGUUCUAGGCUAAAAGACGAAGUAAUGGAGAAGAAAAGGAAACACUCAGAAAGUUCAUCUUCAUCUGAUAGUUCGUCUGAUAGCUCUGAUAGCAGUGGGGAAAGUUCUGAUUCUAGUAGUAGUAGUAGUAGAUCGAGUACACAACAGAAACUUAAGGAUAGGAAAAGGUCUCGUCAGAGUCACCAGUCAAGAAGUGAAAGUAGGGAUAGAAGAGGUAGCAGGGAAAGGAAUAUAGAUGGGGAUGAACAUAAGGUUAGAGACAAAGGCAAAAGAAGGGAUGGUGGAAAAGACAAGGACAGGGACAGACAUAAAGAAGACAUAGACAAAAAAUAUCGAGACAGGGACAGAGAGAAAGAAAGAGAUAGGGACAGAAAAAAGUAUCCUGAAAGAGAAAGGGAUAGGUAUAAAUCUGACAGAAAAGGUAGUAGGGAAAGACACAAGAGCAAAGAAAGGGAAAGGAGUAGAAGUAGGGAUAGAAGGCCUAGGGACAGAGACAGAAGUGGAAGUAGGGAGAAAAAGAGACGUAGGGAUUCAAGUAGAGACAGACGGCAUUCAUAUGACAGAGACAAACACCAUAAGGAGAAAUAUUACAACAGAGACAGUAGUUCAAAAGACAAAAAGCCAAGAAGGCAUACAAAAUCAGUGUCAGACUCCAAUGAGAGUCCAGGCUAUGAUGAUUCCCCUCAGAGACACAAAAAGAAAAAGAAAAAUAAACACAGUGAAGGCAAGGAAAGAAGUAGUAAGAAAUCACGCAAGGAUAAGCAGCAGUCGAGGUCUGAAAGUGAUGAGGAGUCAACAGAUGGUAAGAGAUCAAGUCGGAAAAGCAAGUGAACUGCUUGAUAGGUGGGACAGACUUUGGGUGGAGAUCAGCGGGGACACAUGCUUCAAGUGGAUAUAGAGCUUAUAUGGUCUGUGAAAAUGUGCUGUGCAAAUCUUUAAGAUCAAUUUCUUUGAAAUUUUGUAACUUUUAAUUAUACAUGUAUUAUUAAAUUUUAUUAAGCAGUUGU